AUGACGCUGCUUGCUGAUCUGGAAGCGCAAAGCUGGCAAGUGACCACAUUGCUGCCAAUCACCCUAGCCAUUGCGACGUGGUUGUCAGCUCAAAUUUCCGAGCCAAAUGCCUUGUAUAUCACGCUGGCCUUCGUUGGCGGCAAUGUUGCCUCCUUCCUGAUCUACCACGUUCAAGAAGGCCUUGGCAUCUUUGCUUCGGCAUUCUUGACAUCCAGAAUAGCAGCCACGUACCUGUUCACCGUCUUUGGUAUCAUCGGUGUCUACAGGGUUUACUUUCACCGACUCAGCCAGUUCCCAGGUCCAACAUCUCUCGCUUUGAGCAAGUGGAGCAGCAUGUCCUUCGAUUUGGCCGGCAGCAGACCUGUGUACAUGCAGCAGCUGCACAGGCAGUACGGAGAUGUGGUCCGCAUUGGCCCUCGAGAGCUGAGCAUCAACAUCGUGGGUGCGAUAUCUGCAAUCUACGCAACCGGCUUGCAAAAAGGACCUUGGUACGAGUGUCUUGCCAUCACUCGCAAGGAAGCGCGCAGUUUGCACACUCUCAAGACGAUGAAAGCGCACAAUGAGAGGCGUAGACAGUGGGACGGAGCCUUCAGGAGCAGCGCGCUCAAAGGCUACGAGUUGAAUGUCCAGCGCAACGUGGAGAAAGCGAUCGAUGCGCUCCUGGACAAAGCUGACGGCAAGACGACGCAAGACAUUGGCCAUUGGCUUGAUUGGCUCACCAUGGACAUUGUCACCGAGCUCGGUGUUGGUCGAUCCUUCCACAUGCUCGACACCGCCAAUACAGCCAAAGAGAUCGAGCUGAUCCAAGAGUCUUUGGCCGUGCUCAUGCCAAUGGGAAAUGUUGCCGGAUAUAUCCGCGAUAUUCUCGCAUACUUGCCGAGUCCCACUGCAGCCAUUGAAUCUUGGUGUCGUGAGACUGUGCGGCAGCGCAUCAGGGAUGGACCGGCAUUGGUGGAGCAGGACAUUUUUAGCUACAUUCUUGGUGAAAGGCAGGCUCAAGGGGACAGGAUCGACUUGGACGAGCUUACUGCCGAGGCGUUCUUGCUGCUUGGGGCUGGCUCCGACACUGCCGGAAACGCCAUGGGCUUGGUCAUCUUCAACCUGAUCACGACGGAUUCGGGCCGCUGCUGGCAAAAGCUCAGAAAGGAGCUUGAUACUGCGUUUCCUCAACGCGACAUCAGCGCUUCGGACGUAGGCUCGUACGAGACUCAACGUCGCCUGUCCUAUCUAACAGCGUGCAUCGACGAAUCGCUCCGGCUCUAUCCAAGCGUACCUAGCGGCCUGCAACGCGUCACUUCCCCAGCUGGACUCAAGCUACCAGAUGGUUCGAUCAUCCCGCCAGGUGUCAUCAUCUCCACGCCCACUUACACCAUGCAGCGUGACCCCCGCAACUUUACCGAUCCCGAACUUUACCGCCCAGAGCGAUGGAUCGAGCAGGACAAGACGGGCGACGUCUUCACUGCAUCUGCCUUUACUGCCUUUGGCGCGGGACCAACACAGUGCAUCGGCAAGCAAUUGGGCUACAUGGAGAUGCGCCUAUUCCUUGCUCGCUUCGUGCAGAACUUUGACGUCAACCUCGCACCCCACAUCGACCCCGACACGUUUCGCAACAACAUCAAAGAUCGCUUCGUCAUUUUCAAAGAUCCAUUGCAGCUCAUAUUGAGCAAGAGGAACUAG